AUGUCCUUUUGGGGCGAGGACGGGGAGCGGGGUGAUCUCAAGUGUGACGCGUCGAAUCCUUCCGGUAUCCUCAUCCUUCGAGCUCCAGCGCAGGUUGCAGGUGCGUCCACGAAUGGCAUUGUCCAAGACAUCGCCGGCCGACAGAGGUGCCUGCAAGCGCUUCUAAUCAGCCAGGGAGUUUCGCUGGCUACGAACAAGGCCUCCUUGAAGGAGACAAAGCUUCUCUUCGAAGCUUCACACGCAGGCAUCAUCGAGGGUGUGCCCUUUGCCGGAGUCCCCGUUCUGACCAACAUGUGUACGCUUCAACAGAUGUCUGAAGUGACCUACUACUACUCGAGCUUCCGGCCAUUAGUGAAUGAGAUCCUCAAUGCGCACACCGUCCAGUCGAGCCAGGAGCUUUCGUUGCGGCGGUUUGAGGAUUCAGGGUUUGGCUUGGAGGUUUCAAGUUUGUGGGAUUUGGGGUUAAGGGCUGGGAAGGGACGUCAUAGAAGGUGUUUGGACCGGAGUUCACGUGUUUCGGACUUGAGGGACUGCAUGAAGACCGCUGUGUAG